AUGACAUUUCCAUUUCCCGUUAGUCUUGGCAAUACUAAACGUGCGAAAAAAGAAGAUUGUAACGUAAUUAUUGUAGUUGGAGAAAAUCAAAAUAUAAGGGAGUUUCGUGCACACUCAUAUAUUCUUAGAGCCCGUUCACCUUAUUUUAGAAGUGCAUUAUUAAAAAAGGAAUUUCAAUCUACUUUUAUAGCUUCAGCAGACGGAUGGAUUACUAGUAGUGAUAAUGCGAUAAAGUUCAAAAAACCAAAUAUUGAUCCUGUUGUUUUUGAAAUAAUUCUUAGGUAUAUGUAUACGGGUGAAGUGGAUUUAACUAAUACAUCAGGCAUGAAUGUUCUUGAACUUCUAGUUGCAUCUGAUGAACUACUCCUUAAAGAAUUAUUUAAACAUGUUCAAGAUUACCUAAUUGAGAAACAAAAAAAUUGGAUUCAGAAAAAUUUUGUUCUCGUCCUUCAUUCCGUAUUUGGUCUUGAAAGUUAUAUCUUAUAUGGUUUACUUGAGCGAAACGAUUUACAGAUUGAAGAAAUAGUUGUUUGGGAUAGUCUAAUUAAAUGGGGUAUUGAACAAACCCCUGGUUUGGGAAUUAGGAAUAGCGAUAGAAAUAAAUGGAAUAAUAGGAAUUUUGAGGCAUUAAAGAAAACUUUAAAUAAAUUUAUUCCUCUUAUUCGGUUUGUAGGAAUUUCUCCUUCUGAAUAUUUUUAUAAAGUUCGACCCUAUAAAGCUAUUAUUCCUAAUCGUAUUCAUGAAGAAAUUGAAGAAUAUUAUUAUAAAGGCAACUUACCAAGAACAACCACUUUACCUCCACGAACAGGAAUAAUCCAAAAAAUUGAAUCAUGUAUUAUCAAACCAAAUCUAUCCAGUAUAAUCAUUAAUUGGAUUGAAAGGAAAGAUUCAAAUUAUAAUCGCAAUAGAAAGGAUACAGUUUAUAAUUUUGAUCUUAUUUACGUAGAAAUCGUGAUUUGUGCCGGAAAAGGAGCAAUUCUGAUCUUAAUCAAAGUUAAACAUUCUGGAAAAAUAUUUGGAGGAUACAAUCCUAUCGGUUGGAAUAAUACCGGUAUAAAUUAUAAUCAUAAUUAUUAUGGUUAUAAUGGUUAUAAUCAAUAUUUAACCACUACGGAAAGUUUCAUAUUUUCGUUCGAAAGUAAUGAAGAUAUUGAAAAUAUGAAGAUUAGUCGUGUGGUUAAUUCGUCACGUGCCAUUUAUAAUUAUCCUGGGAAUGGAAUUAACUUUGGUGGAGGCGACCUAACGUUAGCGAACGAUUAUCUCUCUUUAAAUUAUACCGGUAAUUACGAAAACUUAACAAGGAACAAUAAUAAUUCUUUUGCGAAUAAUUUAUAUGAAGGUAUGUAUUAUAAGAAACAAUAUGAAUAUUAUAAUAAUCAAUAUGAAGUUGAAGAAAUCGAAGCUUUUAGAGUAGUUGCGAAAUAA